UUUGCCCAGAAACUUGCCUGCCAUUUUGUAAUCGUAAAGAGAGAUAAAAAAAGUUUUAUGGUGUUAAAGUCAUACAUAAACUUAUUCGCCGUUUAUGUUAAGGCCAAAAACAAAUGUUUAAAUGGACGCAUCGUCCAUAAUAACUCAGGUGUCACGGGAUGACGAACAGUUAAACAACUAUGGAUCCGACAGAGGGUCGUCCCCGGUCGCACAAAACAAUGAAGGUGACGGAACACCGGUUUCGGGCUCCACUCCCUUGGGAACGAAAAAAUCAAGUGGAAGUGGAGGUUUCUUACGGUCACUGUUAUGUUGCUGGCGAGGUGGGCGAGGCAAGGGUCCGCCUGGCGGGAAUGGCGCGAACAGCGCAGACGGCAGGGCUUCGCCCCCGCUCCUUGUUAUGUCAGACCAUGCCCCCAGACCUCUGUUGCCGCCAGUGAGACACCAGGACAUGCACAAAAAAUGUAUGGUUAUUGACUUGGAUGAAACGCUAGUACACAGUUCAUUCAAGCCAAUCAACAACGCGGACUUCGUCGUACCAGUGGAGAUAGACGGCGCGGUGCACCAGGUGUACGUGCUCAAGCGGCCGCACGUCGACGAGUUCCUGCGGCGAUGCGGCGAGCUGUACGAGUGCGUGCUGUUCACCGCCUCGCUGGCGAAAUACGCCGACCCCGUCGCUGAUCUGCUCGACAGAUGGGGCGUUUUCCGCGCGCGUCUGUUCCGCGACAGCUGCGUGUUCCACCGCGGCAACUACGUGAAGGACCUCAACAGCCUCGGCCGGGACCUACGCCGCGUCGUCAUCGUCGACAACUCGCCCGCCUCAUACAUCUUCCAUCCGGACAACGCCGUGCCUGUCGCGUCCUGGUUCGACGACAUGACAGACUCGGAGCUGCUGGACCUGAUACCGUUCUUCGAGAAGCUGAGCAAGGUGGAUAGCGUGUACACGUUGCUGCGCAACUCCAACCACCCCUACAACCCCACACAGAGCGCGCCGUACACAUAGCCCCGGGCGCGCCCCACCCGCUUCGAGCGCGUCCGCUACCACAGGGUCCCCGUGGUAUGUACCGGUUACCAUGGCGACAAACGUAUGCGUUACGUGCGCGCUGUGGCGUCGUACGACACGCGCACGCAUCACGCCCUAGCGUCGUACGAUAUGCGCACGCAAGUUGCGUCCGCGCCCGCAGACGCGCGCGCACUGUGCGUGCACGCGCCGCGCCGCUCGAGCCCGAUAGUGACCUUCCUCGAGACGCUAAUAAAGAAGGGAGCGUUCGUCUUAAGUGCCAAUUUUGCCUUCUGGAUAGUGAGGACGUUAUUUGUACCUAUUUUACAGUUUAGGUAUUUCCUAGUACGUAAGUGGUCCAUAUGAUAUGUGUUGCUUUCGUUCGACCGCCCGACGCUAGCCUCCGCAAGUGCAUGUUUUACUUACCGAUCGACGUCUCAGUGUAUACUUCAGAGUUUUUAGAUAGUGCUUGGGAUCAAAUACUUAGGGCCCCCCGUAUUUUACCUAAAAAUAUUAUUCCCUUUUUAAAUCGAUGUAAUAAUGAUAAUUACGAAUUUUUCUAUUUGACUGUUUAAAGUAAGCCGUAAUCGGCGGAAAUGUACAUAAACUAUGAUCAUGACUGAAUGUGAGUAAUGUUUUAUCACUUUAUUGUAAUGCAUAAAUUAGAUUCGAUGCAUAAAUAUAUACAAAUAUGUGUUGAUGUUAUGAUUUUACCCUUGUAUAAAAUAGCUACGUCAUCUACUCUUAACUUUUCGAUUUCUCGUACGUUUUGUGACUCCUUUAUAUCUAAAAUGUAUCUAUAGAUGUAUGUAUUUAUGCUCGAUGAGAAAAUGUUACUUAUAACGGUGGUGGUACAGCACAGGUGUAGUGCUAAUGUUACACUCUAGCUUAUGAUGUGGUACAUAUUUAAAUAGUCAAUAUAAUAUGUCCGGCUGGUAUCUAUGGAAUAUUUUUUCAACAGUCUAUGAUUGUCUAUGGUCAGUGUAGCAUUAGCUUCAUAUCAAGGAUAGUUUGUUACACAUUGUGUAUUUAAUUCACUGACCGCCAUUAUACAAGUACGCUGGAUCUAUGAUACCCACUUUUUUGUGCCUAUUUGAAGCGGGAUCAGCGCCCCCAGUAAGAGGGAAGAGAACUAAAUUUGACGUAACUUGCAAAUGGCCGCUCAAUA